UCUAACUCGAUUGGUUAGUUGACCCUAGAGCGGCGUGAGGUGUGGUGUAGUGCAGCAGUUCCCGAUCGAGUGACUGAAAACUCCGGUAAAUUACUGAUAUGUUUAGAAUUCAGUGAAUGAGUGUUUAGCUUAUUUCCGUUGCUUCUACGCUUGUGAGUUUUAAUCCAUCAAAAUGCUGAAGUAUUUGGCUGUAGCUAAAGUGCUCAAGAAGCACAAGCCAUCAGUGGACAAUGCUGUUCUCUGCCUCCAUUACCGAUCUACUUUUCUUAUUUUCGUUAUUGCAAGUGCUCUUGUCACUGCUAAGGAAUUCUUUGGAUCUCCAAUUGAUUGUGUUACGACCAAAAGUGUUCCAGGCAACAUCAUGAAUCUUUAUUGCUUUAUCAUGGCCACCUUCAGCGUACCAAAACAAUAUGACAAGGUAAAGGGAGAAGGCGCAUCUUUUCCCGGGGUUGGACCGAACGAAGAAAGUGAUGAAACUGUCUACCAUGCGUACUACCAGUGGGUACCUUUAGUACUCAUGUUCCAAGCUCUCUUAUUCUACACUCCUCGUUUCAUUUGGAAGCAAGCAGAAGGUGGGUUGUUCAAUGUUGUCUUGGGAGGACUGGACCAGCCCAUCAUGGAGAAAGAUGAACGUCAGAAGAAGCAUCGUCUGCUCAGCAGUUACAUGGUCCACAACCUCAACAUGCACACACUUUGGGCGUGGAGGUUCUUCUCAUGCGAGAUACUCGCCCUGUGCGUGGUGAUUUUCAACCUGUACUUCACGAACUUCUUCCUCGGAGGCACGUUCUUCGAGUACGGCUCUGACGUGCUCAGUUUCGUCGAGUUGGAAGACGGAGAACGAAUCGACCCCAUGGUGCGCCUCUUCCCUACUGUGGCCAAAUGCAACUUCAGAGCCUAUGGUCCGUCCGGCACGGUGGAGGUACACGACAGUAUGUGUUUGCUGCCGGUCAACAUCCUCAACCAGAAGAUUUAUAUCCUGCUGUGGUUCUGGCUCUUGCUCUUGACCACCAUUACCAGCUUCUGGCUUCUAUUCAGAUUCGCGACCAUCGUUUCGAAGGAUUUGAGAGGCCUCUUGCUUCAGUAUCGGGGGCGCAUGGCGGGCAUGGAGCACGUGAAGAGGAUCCAGUCGCGCUGCAACCUGGGCGACUGGUUCCUGCUGUACCAGCUGGGCCGCGCCAUCGAGCCUACAGUCUACGCUGAGUUCCUCAGAGAAUUGAGCAACGAGCUCGAACAUUUACCUUAUGAGGAGGAACACAAUCCUAUGCUCGCCUCCUCCUAGUACUGAGGGAUUAACUGCAUCUUGUCGGUGCGCGUAAAGCCUUAUCUGUGGAAGGGCAGCGAACUUCAUUAUUUAUUCCAGGGACUGGGAUUCUUCAUUGUUAAGUUGGUAUUCUUGAUUAUAUUUCAUGCAAAGAUUUUCAAGGCGUCUUAAAUGCCUACUUGAUAAGAAAAAAUAUUUUUUGAACCAAAAGCAGCCACGUUUAUCGCGCUUGUUGAAUGUAAAGCCUUAAAUUAGCGAUGCUGACGCCACAAGAGAUUAUAUUUGUAAUCGAUACGCUCAUUUAAAAAAAAUCGGUUCGCCAAUAUCUACUACUUUCUUUACAAAAUGAAACGAAGAAAGAUUGAUGUGAAAUAUUUUUGUACUUGGAUGAUCUGUUAUUACCGAUUCCCAUGGCAGUGCGGCGACUGGGCGACUGGACAGGUCAGACUCCGUGAAUAGUUCAGAGCGAUUUGAGGUCACCGUUGUUAUAUCGCGUGAAAUUCAAAUGCAGGAUCAUGCUUGUUUAAAUCCAUGACGUUAAGAUAUUCUGUAUUUUUUAGUUGUAUUUUAUUGCUGUCUCAGUGCUGCAGUAUUUUCGCAAUAACUGCAUCGCUUUUUAGCAGUUGACGCAUGACUUUCUUCAUCUGCAGACUAACACGCGUGAAUACGAUUAGCUUAAUCUCGGAGGAGCGAAGAGAACAAGAGCUGUGGAUAUGAUAAAGCUGUAAUGGUGCUUAUAUUAAUGACCGAUUUCUGAGCUGCCACUAUACGCCUCGACAUAAGUGGCGCGUGUAUUACUAUGGGUAUGAAACAAUAUCCUUGCGACGAUGCUGGUCAGUGUGUGGCAUAAAGAAAGGUGUGUCAUGUUUCUAGUUUAAUUAAGUUAAUUAUCGUCAAAUGUGACGUACGGUAUUGCCGCUUGGAUGAAUUCUUCUAAGUUGAUAUAAAAUUAAUACUUCUUCUCACGUUCUGAGACUUUCUAAGAUUUCCUAUCCAUACUGAGUAGAGAAAAUAAAUUUCAGCUCCAGCUCAAUAAUUAAUUUAAUACUUAGUUGGAGUCAAGUUGUCUUGCUUACACCUGCUCGGCACGACCCACGACAGAACAUUUGUGCCAGGCUCAUCACCGAGGAGCAUGGAUUUCCUGCCUUGUCGUAAACAUAGCGUGAUAGCGAAUAAAUUAUCUUGUACGUUUGCUUGUAAGAAUUAGUUAUUUGUAAGAGCCUGGCUCAUUGGUGUGCUGAGCUCGCAUGGAGGUGGCGUUAACAGUCCUGCCAGGAGCGGCUAUGUGUCAUCUUUGUCAUGGCGAAGUACGUGCGGCAAGUUACAAGUGGGUUUUGUUCUCCUGGAGUCAUUUGUUCUUUGCGAAUUAAGCUUCAUUUACUGACUUUUAAUGACUUCAGAUGUUCGCCGUUUGCACGCAGAAUUUAACUUCAUUUUGUCUGUUAAUGCCGAGCCAUGUUGUGCCGCAUAUGCAAAUUUAUAACAAAACAGCAGCAGAAUUGACGUUUGAAAUAAGGUCUGACGCUGCAUGACAGGAUUUUGUUCAUUAACAAGAUAUUCAGAAGUAUUCCUACCAAACUUCCUUCUGCAAUUUAGCGAUAGAAGCGGUGCUCAAAGUAGCGUCUAUUGUACUCGUAAGAUUUUUAAUAUUAAACUAUUUUGUUA